GAAUAUCAAUCGUCUCUGAACACACCAUCAACUAGCACAUCGAUUGCUUAUCUCGCCUUCAAACUUCCGGUGUUCAACCAUUUGCCUCCCACGCGCACGCGGGAUGGCAGCUCACGCCACCGCCGCCGCCGCCUCGCCUCUUCCGCCGCCAUCGGAGUCGACGGCUGCCUUCGAUACGAAGCCGCCACCUAGUCCGCCGCCGCCGCCGCCGCUUUCGGCCGACGCGCCGCCAAAGAAGCGGAAGCUGGAGGAGCUGGGGUUUCACGACUCGCCCUACUACAGGAUCAGAGAAGCCGUCGCCAGCCUCCGCGGCCGCUUCCUUCAGGUUUGCCAAGCUACUGAUUCCCAGAAGAAAGAUGCUGCUCUUGAGAUCCUGAAAGAGAUAAAAGUUGUCAUGGAAUUAUCCAAGAAAAUGCGGCUUGAUAUCUCUGCUGCUGCUGAGCCUGUUAAACCAUCGGACAUACCUGCAGUUAGAGAUGUCAAGAUCAAGCCCGCAGGAAAAGUUCCAUCUGGAGGGAAGAAUCAAGUGCCCCAGAUAGGCCAGGAUACAGGCGAGAAGGUACCACUCAAGCCUGUAAGCUCGCAGACUGCUUCCGUGGGGAUUCAUCGAGAAGCCAAUCCAAAUGAGACGGCAAACCAUGGCAAUCAACUGCUGGGCGGGCGCUUACAAGGGUCUUAUGUCGUUGGUGGAUCUCCCAUGGGCUGGAAUUUUCUCAUGUGGCCUGGAGGCAAAGCAGUCUACUAUGGCUUGACCAAAGCAGAGUGGUUGGCACGUCAAGCUGCAGAGUGAAAUCUCACUUCCACUCUGCAGUCUAACAUGUAGUUCACGCUGAAAUAUUCAGAGAUAACCUAGUUGUUGCUAGUAGCCCGCUGUGAUAUAGUAAAUGGAUAGUACAUCAGACUAGACAUAUGAGUUCUUGGCACCUGAGGUCCUGGACAUGGCGAGAGUAUCAUCAGUGAGCAUCAUUUUGGAAAGCUUUUGGCUGAAUCUACAGCGCGGUGACUAUUCACUAGUAGGCAUACCGUGAUUUUUCUUGUAUUUUGAACCGGUCAAGGCCGCUGCUCUUGUCAUGAUUUGCGAUUCAGGAAUGGGUACAGCAGGAAGUAGCUUAAGCACAUUGGGAUGAUCGAUGCAUUUUCUUCUUUAAGCAAGUCCAAAAGCAUAUGACGUCGUGUUUCUGUGAAUUGUGAUGGACUCGACUGGUUUUGCAAAGGGUUGUAACAUGUGCUGUGAAAUGAGACGAUACCGGGAAUGAUAUUCAGGGUGCA